CUCUUUCUCAUCAGGCAGUGUGCAGGGCAGCUAAGCACGGUGUCCGGGAGCGGGGGAAGGGGCCAGAAUGGCGGCAGCGGUGGUGGCGAUCGGCCGCGCGUGCACCUACGGUGCCUUCCGAGUGGCGUGGCGAGGGUUUGCUUCUGUGCCUGUGAAUGGGAGUUGCUGCUCAUAUUCUAGCCUGGCAUGGGCUUUGCAGACACGGUGUUUCAUCUCCGCACCCUGGAAUGUGACAGUUGAGCAACGCAGACAAAGCAGUUUCUUCAAUACGUUGACAGCUGAUGAGCUUUGGAAAGGAGCUUUGGCAGAGACUGGUGUGGGAGUAAAGAAAGGAAGAGGAAAGAGAAGGAAGAAAAAGCUAAGGAAGAAUCUCAAUAAAGGCCAGGAGAUUGGUGAAGGCCGUUCUGGUUUCCUCUGGCCUGGUCUUAAUGCUCCUGUGAUACAAAAUGGGAAAGUCCAGGCAGUUACUCAACGAAAAAAAGAAGAACGAGAGAGAAUUCAGUCGGAAAUUGUUCAGCAGAGAGAUACAUGGGAGAAGAAAAGAAAAAUAAAAAUUAAGAGAGAGGGAGGAUGGAGUGGAAAGUGUUGGGGAGGUGUCCUUUUGGAUCCUCCUGACCCAGGUCCUAAUGGAGAAACUUAUGAAGAAUUUGAAACAAGAGUCAUUGAGGUAAAAAAUGUGUUUUGUAUGAAGGCAAAGGAAGGCAGAAAAAAAUCAGUACGUGCCUUAGUGGCUGUUGGAAAUGGUAAAGGGGCUGCAGGUUUUGCAAUGGGGAAAGCAGGCGACAGGAUGAAUGCUUUACGGAAAGCGAAGAAUAGAGCAAUACACUGCUUACAUUUUAUAGAGCUGUAUCAGAACCACACAAUUUAUCAUGACAUUACAGUGAAAUUUAAAAGCACAAACAUCCGCAUGAAGAAGCAAAACAAAGGGUAUGGUCUUCAUUGCCACCGAGCUAUCAUCACCAUCUGCAAACUAAUUGGCAUUAAAGACAUGUAUGCCAAGGUUUCUGGAUCCAAAAACUUGAUUAACAUUACCAGAGCUCUCUUUAAAGGCUUAACACAACAGAGUGUGGCCUCUCUGACCAGAUCCUUUGCAGGAGCAAGUUCUUCUAGGAUGACAUUGUAAUGCUGUAUAUAUCUGCACUGAAGCUACCUAAUUCCUGAUGCUUAUGAAGUUAGCUCAUUUGAAACCCAUGAGGAUGAGCCUAACAAGUCAUUUUAUUUACAUAGUGUUUAAUUAGUUAUUUAUUAGUAAAUUACUUUUUUUUUUCCCUACCCCGUAUACCAUGUAGAGUUUGACCUGAAUUGAACCAACAUUGUGCAUCAUUGCUUUGGUCGUCUUCUCUCUUUCCUACUCCCAGGAGACUCACCAGCAGUUAGCAAACCAGAAGAGUCUCUACGUAGUGGAGUUCCGAGAGGAGCAGGGCCCUCUGCCUAUUGUCGUGGCACUGCCUGAGGGGCCUGUUCGCAAGGAUCCUGAGCCUGAAGAUGAGGUUCCAGACACAAAGUUGGAGUGGAGUGAGGUGAAAGAAGCUCAGGGAAUGAAGAAAUCUCCCUGGGUGAAUGUCAGACGGACAAUAUGGUAAAAGCUUUGGUCCCUCUGUCUCUUGUGCUCAGAGGUGCAACUGGGAAAGCCCAACCCAAAUGGACAGGUUGUCUAGGGUUACAUUUCAGAGGAGGGCAUCAGUAGCUCUCUCAUGCCAUUCAUAUUGCAGUCCCAUUGCUGCCAUUCAGUGACACUGUUUGCCUUCCCACAGUUCUUCUGACCACUUCCAUGACUAGGGAUGUUCAGACAGAAGCAGCCAGUGAACAUAACAUGACUUUGCAUUUACUCGAUUCGUGAAGAUGAUAUUUAAUCCAGAGAUCCGGUGUUUCUUUCACAAGCUCUUGGGAAACAACUAAAAGUAUAAGAUUGUGAAAGAAAUAAAGAAUCUUCAGAAUGA